GCAACUGAUUUACAAUGUUCAGCAUAAAGCUGCAUAGGUGCUCGUCCUGUGCUCUCCUCCAGGUGGCGUCAAAGCGUCCAUUCUGCGCUUCUCCAGUAGGUGGCGUCGAUGAGUACAUUUCAUCACACGUGUCAGUUGUAUUUAACGCCCGCAGUUCACCCGAUUGCUACAAAUAAGACAAUAACGCCGUUCCCGACUGCACUGAAGACAACUGCGAAUUCUCAGACUGUGAGAGCUAUUCAGGUGAGAUAACCUAAGCGCUCAAGGGGGCCAUGAAUUGGAUUUUUCUCAAGGAUCUCUUGAGUGGGGUCAACAAUUACUCCACCGCAUUCGGCCGUGUCUGGCUCUCCAUAGUCUUCCUUUUUAGGGUCUUGGUCUACGUCGUAGCUGCGGAGAAAGUAUGGGGUGAUGAACAGAAAGACUUUGAGUGCAACACAGAUCAGCCUGGCUGCCAUAACGUUUGCUUCGACCACUACUUCCCAGUGUCCCACAUACGUCUGUGGGCGCUGCAACUUAUCUUUGUCACCUGUCCGUCGUUCCUUGUGGUGCUGCAUGUGGCCUACCGUGAUGAACGUGAGCGGAAGCACCACCUGAAAUACGGUGAGGGCUGUCAGCAGUUGUAUGCCAACACUGGAAAGAAGCGCGGUGGUCUUUGGUGGACGUACGUCCUCUCGCUGGUUUUUAAGGUGGGAGUGGAUGUGACCUUCGUGUAUCUCCUGUAUCACAUCUAUGAGGGCUAUGACUUCCCCACUCUGGUGAAGUGUUCUGAGUCUCCUUGCCCCAAUGUGGUUGAUUGCUUCAUCUCUCGGCCCACAGAGAAGCGGAUCUUCACCAUCUUCAUGGUGGUGACAAGUCUGGUGUGCAUCCUGCUCUCCCUGUGUGAAAUCCUCUACCUGGUGGGAAAACGCUGCUCUGAGUGUAUCCACAGGAUGCAAGGCUCACAGCAGAUAAACAAGGCAAGGUCCAUCGCAAACAUGAAUUCAAAUGCUCAUUUAGAUUCAAACAGCAAGAAACUGGCAAGCAAAGACCAGCUAGUGCCAGAAUACAGUGUGGCCAUGGCCAUGUCAUCCUGAAAAUACAUAAGCUUGGAAAAUACUUUCAUUCAAAGUGGGACCCAGAGAGAAGGAAAAUAUUUUUCAUGUUCACCACAAUGAGACCAAUUCAGUGGAUGGUUGCUAGUUAAGGAAAGAGCUUGUAUGUUUACCCUAUAUCCACUGGAUCUUUUGCUGGAAAGUUGUGGCCUGAUAAACAACAUUGUAUAUUUGAAAAGCUUAUGGGGUCAAAACGCCACCAUUCAGGAUGACACAGACUUUUGUUUGAGUAAAGCAAGUCACUUCAUGGUUUUGGCUGUGGUGUGGCUUGGCCACC